AAAUAAAUCUGUAAUAGAUAACUAAGUGGUUAAGCACAAAUGAUUAAUGUGCUUGAACUAAGGUCGAAUUCUUCAUAUCCAAGUGCAAUCUCCAAAUAAAAUAAGGGUCCUCGAGCCACUUGUUAAGCAUACCAACGUUUUACUUACCUCCCGAAAGAAUAUCAUAUUAGUGUGGGUUUUAUUGACCUGAAAAUUGAAGGAUUGAAAAAGAAAAACUUCGAAAAUCAAAUUGUGAAUGAUGAGCAUUUGGAGUAUUUUCCAAGUGAAUUAUGAAUUUGUUUUGGCGCUACGUGUUUCCUCGCGUGCCCUUCUGAUUUCCAUUUUUACCCUUUUGCUAUUUUAGCGGAUGUUAUAAAAAUGAGAAAUUUGACACUCAUACAGUUCUUUAUUUAAAUAGCGGGCAUAUAAAAUUUUGAAAUUAAGCUUCGGUCAUAUGAAAUCUUAAAAUUUGAAGUAGAGAAUAAUGUAAAAUCCCGAAAAUUUUAAGAUUAAAUAAAUACAGUCACUAAAUUGUAAAAAGGAAAACAUUUUAAACAAGAUUGGAGAAUGAACAGUGAAGGCGAAGUAGAAGCUGAGUAUUUCAGCAAGGAUUUCGAAUGGGAAGAACUACGAUCAGAGAUUGAAUCAAAUCCUUCUCUCCGUCACCAUUUCCAAUCAUUCUCUUCAUCUUCUUCUUCUUCUUCCUUGCAAUCACCUCAAUCAGACGUUCAAGCUUGGAAGCAAUUUCACACCCGUCACUCCACCGGCAAAUUCUUCAAGGAGAGACGCUAUUUGUUGAAGGAGUUUCCAGAACUACUUUCAUCGUCUCCCUCAAAUUCUAACCCUAAACUCUUGGAAGUUGGUUGUGGCAAUGGAAGCACUAUUCUUCCUAUUCUACGGGCCAACAAGGAUAUUGUUGUUUAUGCAUGCGAUUGUAGUGAUGAGACUCUUGAGAAAGCUAAGGAGAUUAUAACUGCAAAUGCAGUUGACUCGUUUAAGCAUCGUUUUUAUACAUUUUGUUGUGAUGUUUCGACUAAUGGAUUCCCAAAUUGGUUGGCGUGCAACACUUGCAGAGAUCAAUUUUUACAAAAGCAGUCAUGUUGUUUGUCAGAUUUUAAAGAGGAUAAUGGUUUGCAUCUUAGGGAGUCAUGCUCAUCAGAUGAAUUUGACCGUUGUGUUGGAGGAGUAGAUUUUAUAACAUUGAUAUUUACUUUAUCAGCAGUACCAUUAGAAAGGAUGCCGAAGUCCAUCAAAGAAUGUUUUACUGUAUUAAAGCCAGGAGGCAUGGUUUUAUUUAGGGAUUAUGGCCUCUAUGAUAUGACUAUGCUUCGAUUUGAAUCAGACAAGAGAGUGGGAUUCAGGGAGUACAUGCGGUCAGACGGAACACGGUCGUAUUUCUUUUGUUUGAAUACCGUCCGUAACCUAUUUUUGGGUGCAGGCUUCAUUGAGCUUGAGCUUGAUUAUUGUUGUGUUAAGUCUGUGAAUCGCAAGAAAGGGAAGAGUAUGCGAAGAGUGUGGGUUCACGGCAAGUUCCAAAAGCCUGCACUGCAGUAGUUGUAGAUGAUCUCUCUUGGCGAGCAUUGUGGAAUCCGGUUUAUCGGCACCCCGAAGAUUAUAAAAAAAGAGAUACAUGUAGAAAAAAUAAAACUGUUGUUUCUGCAUACCUUCCUAAAGUUUUAUGUGCUGAGAGAAUCUGAAAGAUUUAUUACUGUAAAAGAUAAUAUAGAAGAUAUCUUUGCAAUUAGAUAAUCUAUUUAUGAAUUUGUUU